CCUGUCUAAAUUAUUAAAACAUACACUCACUAUCUGUUCUGCAUAUACACACAUGACAUAUCUCUUUCCCCCUAACUACUUUAUGUAUUGACAAGAUCUCCAAUCCCACAACACCUCCCUCUCUGCCUCGAGGAAGCUGUAUCAGCUUUGUAAUUGUGACUUGGGGGAGGGGAUCCAAAUUUCGCAAAGCUGGCGGCUACACUAGCUUGGAGAGGAGUUGCUGCCAGUAAUGGCACCAACCUCUCUGCUAAUGAUGUGGAAAGAAACGGGGAUGCUAAGUCUCAUGAUCAAGAGCCUUUAACUCCAGUUCCAUUCAUCAAGAAGGGUUCGAGAGAGCGCAGUAGCAUGGAGGAUCCAGAUGGGACAUUAGCUAGUGUUGCUCAGUGCAUUGAGCAAUUGCGCCAGAGUUCCCCAUCUUUACAAGAAAAAGAGUUAUCCUUGAAGAAAUUAUUGGAGCUUAUUGAUACACGUGAAAAUGCUUUCAGUGCUGUUGGAUCACAUUCGCAGGCAGUUCCAGUACUGGUAUCUCUUCUUAGAUCAGGAUCACUUGGGGUAAAAAUACAGUCUGCUACAGUUUUAGGAUCACUGUGCAAAGAGAAUGAACUACGGAUUAAGGUAUUGCUGGGGGGUUGCAUUCCACCACUUCUUGGUCUUCUCAGGUCCAGCUCAGCAGAAGGUCAGGUCGCUGCAGCGAAGACUAUAUUUGCUGUUUCUCAAGGUGGCGCCAAGGAUCAUGUUGGCUCAAAGAUAUUUUCAACUGAAGGCGUUGUGCCAGUUCUAUGGGGGCAACUUGAGAAGGGACUUAAGGCUGGAAAUGUUGUUGAUAACUUGCUGACCGGAGCUUUGAAAAACCUCUGCAGCAGCACUGAGGGUUUUUGGCCUGCAACAAUACAAGCUGGGGGGCUAGAUACACUUGUAAAGUUGCUUGCAGAUGGACAGUCUAGCACCCAAGCAAAUGUUUGCUUUCUCCUUGCAUGUAUGAUGAUGGAGGAUGCAUCUGUUUGUCCCAAAAUCUUGGCUGCUGAUACUACAAAGAAACUCCUUAAGCUACUGAGUCCUGGAAACGAAGCUUCAGUUAGAGCCGAAGCUGCUGGUGCUUUAAAAUCUCUCUCAGCUCAGUGCAAAGAAGCAAGGCGGGAUAUCACCAGUUCUAAUGGUAUACCUGCUUUGAUAAAUGCUACAAUCGCUCCUUCAAAAGAAUAUAUGCAAGGUGAGUAUGCACAAGCUUUGCAGGAGAAUGCAAUGUGUGCCCUUGCAAACAUAUCUGGUGGCUUGUCAUAUGUUAUCUCAAGCCUUGGUCAAAGCCUUGAAUCGUGCACGUCACCUGCACAAGUAGCUGACACAUUAGGGGCAUUAGCUUCUGCACUAAUGAUUUAUGACAGCAAAGCAGAAACUACAAGAGCUUCGGAUCCUGAUGAUAUUGAGCAGACUCUGGUGAAGCAGUUCAAACCUAGUUUGCCAUUUCUUCUGCAAGAGCGUACCAUAGAAGCUCUUGCCAGUUUAUAUGGAAAUGCCACGCUCUCUGGAAAGCUUGCAAAUUCAGAUGCAAAACGCUUGCUAGUUGGUUUGAUCACCAUGGCAAGUGACGAAAUUCAGGAUGAGUUGGUGAGAUCUCUUCUCAUAUUGUGCAACAAUGAAGGCACACUAUGGCAUGCCCUUCAGGGACGCGAGGGAAUUCAGCUUUUGAUAUCUCUUCUUGGGCUGUCAUCAGAGCAACAGCAGGAAUGUGCUGUUGCAUUACUCUCCCUUUUAUCGAAUGAGAAUGAUGAAAGCAAGUGGGCAAUUACAGCUGCAGGAGGUAUUCCUCCGCUUGUUCAAAUAUUAGAGACAGGAUCCCCAAGAGCGAAGGAAGAUUCCGCAACAAUCCUUGGAAACCUCUGUAAUCACAGUGAAGAUAUAAGAGCAUGUGUUGAAAGUGCUGAUGCUGUUCCUGCUUUGCUUUGGCUACUGAAAAAUGGGAGCUCCAAUGGUAAAGAAAUUGCUGCAAAGACAUUAAAUCACUUGAUCCACAAAUCAGAUACAGCAACCAUUAGUCAGCUUACUGCAUUACUUACAAGCGAUCUACCAGAAUCUAAAGUUUAUGUUUUAGAUGCGUUAAAAAGUUUACUUUCUGUGGCCCCCCUCAGUGACAUGGUGCGUGAUGGCAGUGCUUCCAAUGAUGCUAUUGAGACAAUGAUUAGAAUAUUAAAUUCUACCAGAGAUGAAACACAGUCUAAGUCUGCGUCAGCCCUUGCUGGUAUAUUUUCUUUUAGAAAGGACUUGCGUGAAAGUAGCAUUGCAGUUCAGACUGCCUGGGCAGUCAUGAAACUUUUACAUGUAGACUCCGAGAACAUUUUAGUGGAGUCCCUUCGUUGCCUUGCUGCAAUAUUUCUAUCAAUUAAGCAGAAUCGCAAUAUGGCUGUAGUUGCAAGAGAUGCAUUGCCUGCAUUACAGGUUCUUGCGGCCUCGUCUGUUCUGCAAGUUGCAGAGCAGGCCAUAUGUGCACUUGCAAACCUUCUCUUGGAUAGUGAAGUUUCAAAGAACGCCACGCCUGAAGAGAUUAUCUUGCCUGCUACUCGGGUAUUGCAUGAAGGCACAACUGCUGGAAGGAGCCAUGCAGCAGCAGCAAUUGCUCGGCUUCUCAAUUCUCGCAAGAUCGAUAAUGAGAUUACUGAUUGUGUGAACCGCACCGGAACAGUUCUUGCAUUGGUUUCUUUCCUAGAAUCAGAAAAGACAGGGUCUGCAGCCUUAUUGGAGGGAUUAGAAGCACUAGUUAUUAUAUCAAAAUUUGAAGGUGAUAAAGGAAAGAUCAAACCUGCAUGGGCAGCUCUAGCUGAAUACCCAGAUAGCAUAAGCCCUAUUGUGUCGUGCAUUACUGAUGCAAAUCCCUUGUUGCUUGAUAAGGCUAUAGAGAUAUUGUCACGGCUAUCUUUGGCUCAACCGGUUGUUUUGGGGAAGGAAAUUGUUAAUGCCUCGGAAUGUAUAUCAUCUAUUGCUAGGAGGGUAGUUAGUUCUUCAAAGGAAACAGUCAAGAUUGGAGGAACUACGCUUCUUGUUUGUGCUGCCAAAGUGAAUCUUCAGAGAGUUGUGGAUUAUUUAAAUGAAUCAAAUUCGUGUGCAUAUCUCAUUCAGUCUCUUGUAGGAAUGCUGAUCUGUACAGAAAAUUCUCAGGUUGAAGGCCAAGUCAAUAAGGAAGGGGUAAAUAUUCUUAGGUAUGCUGAAGAACUAAGAAGCAGUGGGAAUGAGACAAGUACAUAUGUCAUCUAUGGUUCAAACACCGCCAUUUGGCUUCUCUCUGCUCUUGCUAGUAACAGUGAAAAGAGUAGAACUCUGAUAAUGGAAGCAGGCGCCAUUGAAGUUCUCACUGAUAGAAUCUCACAGUGUUUGUCAGAAUAUACUCAGGAUUCUGAAGAGGAAAGUAGCAUAUGGAUCUGUGCUUUAUUGCUAGCAAUUUUAUUUCAGGACAGAGAUAUCAUACGUGCACAUGCAACAAUGAAAGCUGUACCUGUACUAGCUAACUUGUUGAAGUUAGAGGAGUCAGCAAACAGAUAUUUUGCUGCACAAGCCAUUGCCAGUUUAGUAUGUAAUGGCAGCAGGGGGACUCUACUAUCAGUCGCAAAUUCAGGGGCAGCAGGUGGACUCAUUUCCUUGCUUGGGUGUGCUGAUGCUGAUAUAUGUGAUUUGCUUGACCUGGCAGAGGAAUUUUCCUUGGUCCGUUAUCCGGAACAAGUUUCUCUUGAGCGGUUGUUUAGGGUCGAUGACAUUAAAGUUGGUGCAACCUCGAGAAAAGCUAUACCGGCACUAGUUGAUUUACUUAAGCCAAUUCCUGAUCGUCCAGGGGCACCAUUCUUAUCAUUAGGGCUUCUUCUUCAGCUUGGAAAAGAUUGCCCUUCAAAUAAAAUUCUUAUGGUAGAAGCUGGAGCUCUGGAAGCACUGACCAAAUAUCUGUCACUUGGCUUGCAAGAUGCAAUUGAAGAAGCAGCUACGGAUUUGUUAGGUAUGUUAUUUAGUACUGCUGAGAUAUGUAGACAUGAAGCUGCAUCUAGUGCUGUGGGCCAACUUGUUGCAGUAUUGCGUUUGGGUGGGAGAGGAGCAAGGUAUAGUGCUGCUAAAGCAUUGGAAAGCCUGUUUUCUGCUGACCAUAUUAGGAAUGCAGAAUCUGCCAGGCAGGCUGUGCAACCUUUAGUGGAAAUUCUUAAUAAGGGUUUGGAGAAAGAGCAACAUGCUGCUAUUGCUGCAUUAGCUAGGUUACUGGGUGACAACCCAUCAAGAGCCUUGGCAGUUGUAGAUGUUGAAAUGAAUGCGGUGGAUGUUCUUUGCAGGAUUCUUUCGUCUAACUGUUCGAUGGAGCUGAAAGGGGACUCUGCUGAGUUAUGCUGUGUACUUUUUGGAAAUACAAAAAUUAGAUCCACAAUGGCUGCAGCUCGCUGUGUGGAACCUCUGGUUUCUUUGCUUGUGGCUGAGUUUGGUCCUGCUCAGCAUUCUGUUGUUCGUGCAUUGGAUAAGUUAUUGGAUGAUGAUCAAUUGGCCGAGCUAGUAGCUGUGCAUGGAGCAGUUAUACCUCUGGUAGGCCUAAUGUAUGGCCGCAAUUAUGUACUCCAUGAGGCUAUUUCCAGAGCUCUUGUGAAGUUAGGAAAGGAUAGGCCUUCUUGUAAGAUGGAAAUGGUAAAAGCUGGGGUGAUUGAGAGUGUUCUUGAUAUUCUUCUUGAUGCACCAGAUUUUCUAUGUGCAGCUUUUGCAGAGUUGCUCCGAAUAUUAACCAAUAAUGCCACCAUUGCCAAGGGUCCAUCUGCGGCAAAAGUGGUUGAGCCUUUCUUUCUGUUGUUGACAAGAGCCGAGUUCGGACCUGAUGGACAGCAUAGUGCUUUACAGGUUCUAGUGAAUAUCUUAGAACAUCCUCAGUGUCGUGCUGAUUAUACCUUGACGUCCCACCAAGUGAUCGAACCAAUUAUUCCAUUACUUGAAUCUCCUGCACCACCAGUGCAGCAGCUAGCAGCUGAACUUUUAACUCACUUGCUCCUAGAGGAACAUCUUCAGAAGGAUCCAGCAACACAGCAAGUUAUUGGCCCACUUAUGCGUGUUCUUGGCUCUGGUUUACAAAUACUUCAGCAGAGAGCUGUUAAAGCUCUUGUUAAUAUUGCACUGAUUUGGCCUAAUGAUAUCGCUAAAGAGGGUGGUGUCAGCGAGCUGUCCAAAGUAAUAUUGCUAUCUGACCCUUCUUUGCCUCAAGUCCUGUGGGAAUCUGCUGCUGCUGUUUUGUCCAGUAUUCUUCAGUUCAGUUCUGAAUAUUAUUUGGAAGUACCUAUUGCCGUUUUGGUAAGAUUACUUCGUUCUGGAACAGAAACUACAAUAGUUGGUGCACUAAAUGCUCUCCUAGUUUUGGAAAGCGAUGAUGCCACCACUGCUGUAGCAAUGGCUGAAAGUGGAGCCAUUGAGGCUCUUUUGGAACUUCUUCGAUGUCAUCAAUGCGAGGAAACUGCUGCAAGACUUCUGGAGGUAUUGCUGAACAAUGUAAAAAUCAGAGAAACAAAAGCUAUAAAGUCUGCAAUCGUACCACUAUCACAGUAUCUCUUGGAUCCCCAAAGCCAAGCUCAACAAGCAAGAUUAUUGGCAACUCUUGCUCUUGGAGAUCUAUUUCAGAAUGAGGCUCUUGCUCGAUCUGCAGAUGCUGUUUCAGCCUGUCGUGCUUUAGUAAACCUGCUUGAAGACCAACCUUCAGAAGAAAUGAAAGUGGUUGCAAUAUGUGCAUUGCAAAACCUUGUAAUGUACAGUAGAUCAAAUAAAAGAGCGGUUGCAGAAGCUGGAGGCGUGCAGGUUGUACUGGACCUGAUUGGUUCAAGUGACCCAGAUACAUCAGUUCAGGCUGCAAUGUUUGUUAAACUUCUCUUCUCUAACAAUACUAUUCAGGAAUAUGCUUCCAGUGAAACUGUCAGAGCUAUAACAGCUGCAGUUGAAAAAGAUUUGUGGGCUACUGGAUCAGUAAAUGAGGAGUACCUAAAAGCUCUUAAUGCACUUCUUGGAAACUUCCCUCGUUUACGAGCCACAGAGCCCGCAACACUUAGCAUUCCACAUCUAGUGACAGCCCUCAGGACUGGCUCAGAGACGACUCAAGAAGCAGCUUUGGAUUCACUCUCUCUUCUUCGGCAAGCUUGGACGGCAUGCCCUGCUGAGGUGUCCAGAGCACAAUCAACCGCUGCUUCUGAGGGGAUUCCUGUGUUGCAGUACUUAAUUAUGUCUGCCCCACCUCGAGUUCAAGAUAAGGCAGACCAUCUUUUGCAGUGUCUGCCUGGGACGCUGACGGUGACUGUUAAACGUGGAAAGAAUAUGAAACAGUCAGUUGGAAAUCCAAGUGUGUAUUGCAAGCUAACACUAGGAAACACUCCAUCCAGGGAGACCAAGGUUGUGUCAACUGGUCCAAAUCCAGAUUGGGAUGAACCAUUUCAGUGGCAAUUCGAAAGUCCUCCAAAAGGCCAGAAGCUUCAUAUUUCCUGCAAGAAUAAAAGCAAGAUGGGGAAGAAAUCAUUUGGAAAAGUUACAGUCCAAAUUGAUCGUGUUGUGACACAAGGGGAAGCUGCUGGGGAGUACUUUCUGCUGCCUGAAAGCAAAAGCGGUAGUAAGAGAAGCCUUGAAAUAGAGUUCCAAUGGACUAAUAGCAAUAAUAUGCCCCAGUCCGAAGCUUAGGAUAGAAUUAUACAUGUUUUAAAUAUUUUUUGUCUCAAGUAUAUCUCGUGUUGGUGUAUAUAGUAUCCUUGAGAGUUGAGGGUUUAUAUUUGCAGUUAAUAAUGUCUUGUGCAUCCUGAAGCUGCAGUUGAGAAUUCUUUGCAAGUGGUAGCUUAUGUCCUAUUUCAUUUUGUUUCAGCUGUAUUUGUUACAAUGUUAUAGUCAUUGUUGAUAUGUAGAAUUUUUCCCCCCUACAUAAAUAUUAAUGCAAAUGUUGAGUUCUAUUA